CACCGUAGGGCCUUCUGCUGGCUUCUAAGUUGUACGGCCCUUGGUUAGGGGACUUGAUCCGGUGUUGCAGCGAGGCCCCCUCGGGCGGGAUAUCCCGGUGUCCAUCGCUCUCCCCCAUAUCCUUCGCAGUCACCGGGACCUGCUAGAGAAGCGACACAGAGGACAGCAGCAGUCCAGAGAAUGAGGAGCAUUUGUAUCGCGAUAUCGGUGCGAUAGUGGCGCCUCCACGCCCCCCAAAUCCGGGCCCUUGCUAGCCGCCGACAUGCUGAUAGAGAAUGUGGAUGCCUUCAAGACGUGGCUGGCCAAGUUACUGGAGCCCAUAUGUGAUGCAGACCCUGGUGCACUAGCGAACUACGUUAUUGCUCUGGUCAAAAAAGAUAAAUCUGAGAUGGAACUAAAAGCAGUCUGUGCUGACCAGCUGGAUGUUUUCCUGCAAAAAGAAACAAAUGAUUUUGUGAAUAAAAUGUUUGACAGCCUACAGACCAAAGUUUAUCUUCCUCCUGAAGAAACAAUAAGUACAGAUCUAAAACAAGAGAAAGAAGAAAUUAAAGAGGAAAUUCCAGAAAAGCCCCCAGUGCCAAUGCCUGUAAUGGAAACAUUUGAGGAAGAGAGGGACAACAGGAAAAAGAAGCACCCGAGUCCUCCAAGAAAUCGUUCUGAUUCAAGUGAAAGAAGAACACGAGAAAAGAAAAGAGAAGAUGGUAAAUGGAGAGAUUAUGAUCGACACAGAGACAAGUAUGACUGGCGAAGAGGCAGAAGUAAAAGUCCAGUGAAAUCCAAGUCUACAAAUCGGAGCCGGAGCCGCAGCAGAGGAAGGAGCAGGGAACGUGAAUCCACCCGUAACCGGGGAAAUGCCAAAGGAAAUUCUGUACAGCAGCCUACAUCUGUCUCCCUUUGUCUUUCCACAGAGCACCGAGAGAGGCAGAAGUUUGAAUCUGAAAGAUCGGAGCUAGAGACUGCAUAUACCCCAUGCUCCCAGUUAGGCAGCAGCUCAGUGGAGCAGCAGUAUUCCUCUGGUGGGCAGGCUAUCCCCAGCACUGUAACUGUCAUUGCACCUGCUCCCCACCCUGAGAGCACCACGGAGAUCUGGUCUAAUUACUAUAACAACCAUAACCCUCCUAACUCCUUUAACAGGAACCCACCCCCUAAACGGCGCUGCCGGGAUUACGAUGAGAGAGGAUUUUGUGUCCUUGGGGAUUUAUGCCAGUUUGACCAUGGCAAUGACCCUUUGGUCGUUGAUGAAGUGUCUUUGCCCACUAUGAUCCCUUUUCCUCCGCCACCUGGACUCCCACCGCCUGGAAUCCUGCUGCCCCCUAUCCCUGGCCCUGUUCACAACAUGAGAAUGCCAGUCCUACGGCCGCACAGCCAGCCUCCUCCUUCAGCUGUUCUGCCUGCACCAAGUCUGCCAUUACCACAUUCAGGCCUUCUAAAUAACCGGGAUCGACCAGUGACAAGUACGGUACCCAGCCUUGCACCAAUAGUAGGAGGGCUGCCUCCACCGAUCCCUCCUCCAAAUCUACUGUACUCUGUUUCAGAACACACAUAUGAGCCAGACGGCUACAAUCCUGAGGCUCCUAGUCUUACAAAUACUGGUAGACCAGGGUACAGGACAUUCUUACAGAGACAACCAACACAAAGAUCAAAUUUAAUUGGUUUAACAUCUUGUGAUAUGGAUACAGCACCAAGAGCUGCUAAUAUUGUUAUCCAGACAGAACCACCUGCUUCAAAUGCAGGCCCAGUAAAUAACAACAGAGUAGUUGUAGAACCUGAUCGAAAACGAACUUCAAGCAACAUGGAUGGGCCGUUUGCAAAGAAACCGUGGAUGGACAGGCAAGGUAACCACAACCAUAAUAAAACUGGAUUUGUGAAAAAGAUCCAAUACACUAAUACAAAACUUGAAGUCCGGAAAAUUCCUCAGGACCUGAAUAAUAUAACCAAACUGAAUGAGCACUUCAGCAAAUUUGGUACAAUAGUUAAUAUUCAGGUUGCAUUUCAAGGAGAUCCAGAAGGAGCUCUGAUCCAGUACCUGACCAAUGAUGAAGCCAGGAGGGCUAUCUCUAGCACAGAAGCUGUCUUAAACAACAGGUUUAUUCGGGUUCUAUGGCACAGAGAGAACAAUGAGCAGCAACAUACUCAGCCUCAGCAUCUAACUCCACACGCUGCAUCGACAACCCAGGCACCUAUUGUACCUGCUGGACAAGGACACAUGCAGAAGGUGAUGCCAAAAGCAAUCAACCCGGGUUCCUACGUUCUCAACAAAUUACCUGCAAAACAGCCAAGCUCAGGGGAGGAAAACCAGACUUUACCACCUUCCACCAGUCUUUCAAAAAUGGUUUACAGUUCUGCAAGCUUAAAGACUUCAAAUAAGCCUGCAGUAGGGUCGAAAACUGUCGAUAUGCAGGAUGCUCUUAAGAAGAAGCAGGAUGCAUUGAAACUGCAGCAAGACAUGAGGAAAAAAAAGCAGGAGAUGUUAGAAAAGCAAAUUGAAUGUCAGAAGAUGUUAAUUUCCCGCCUUGAAAAAAACAAGUCAAUGAAAGCAGAGGAGAGGACAGAGAUCAUGAAAACACUGAAGGGACUUGAUGAAAAAAUAUCUCGGGUUAAAGAUGAAUUGAAAACACUGUCGGGUCCAUCAAAAGUGAAGUCCAAGACAGAGGCACAGAAAGAAUUAUUAGAUGCAGAAAUGGACUUCCACAAGCGAUUGUCCUCUGGAGAAGAUACAACAGAGUUAAGGAAAAAGCUCAGUCAGUUACAAGUGGAGGCUGCUCGUCUAGGAAUCCUCCCUCCCAGCAGAGGGAAGACAUUGCCUGGCCAAAGUAGAGGCAGAGGAAGGGGCCAUGGAACAAGGGGAAGAGGGUCCUUAAGUCACAUGGUUGUGGAUCAUCGGCCAAAGACAAUUGCUGUUGCUGGAUUCUAUGAUAACGAGAAAGAGGAGUUACUCCAGCAUUUUGCUAAAUUUGGGGAUGUUGAAGACUUAAAAGAAGAAGAAUUUCCACCAAGUGUUAUUUUAACGUUCAGGACAAGGCAAGAAGCUGAAACUGCUGCUAACCAAGGCUCAAAGUUUAAAGGGCAAAAGUUACAAGUAUCUUGGCAUAAACCGAAAACUCCCUCAAUUUCAACAGAGAUUGAAGAGGAAGAGACUAAGGAGGAGGAAGCGGAGACUUCAGACCCUUUUCUUCACGAUGAUGAAGAUGAAGACGAAGAAGAAGACGACGAAUCCCGCUCAUGGAGGAGAUGAAAGUUCCGAUAGGACUGUGUAUAUAUUUAUAUAUAGGAAUUACAUUUUAGAGUGUUGACUUUUUACCGCAAUGGAAAAAGGAAAAAUAAGCAAAGGGCGGUCCAAAUGAGCCAGAUUUCUGUUCCUUUAGUUUGCUUUUGUUUGGCCCCCGCCAUAGCACAAGAAGAAUAUACAGGAAACUGUUCUAAACCGUAUUGUUUGGAUUGUGACCAUUUUCUAUGAAUGCCAAAGGCAAAAGACUUUCCUUUUUUUUUUUUAACAUGGUUAAGAAUGUAGACUAAGAAUAUUUUUUGAAGGUAUUUAAAAUGCAUACGGGAAUUUCUUAAAAAAAAAAUCUAAUUAUGCUCUGCUUCACCUUAACUAACCCACACCCAGUAGCUAAAGAGUGUUUGAAAUGAGUGCCCUUUAGUCACUGCGGUGCUGUCUCAUACUUGUUUGAUCUAACAGUGUUUCUAAAGUAUUUUUGAGUUUCUAGAUUGUUUUAUGUAGUCCUUUAUAUUGAGUUUCCCAUAGAAAUCUCUGAGCGAGCUGCUUAGGCCCUGUUGGAAAUAUUUUGGGGUUUCAGUUGAACUGCUAAAGGGGCAUCAAUGAUCAGGAGUGGCAGACGUUUAACACGUUAUAUUUUUAAUUUAUCCUUCCCUUGGCAGCUAAAAUGAUUUAAAGCAGAAUGGUGCAAUGUUGUUGUUCCUUAUAUUCAUUUUCAGUUGUAGUAUAAAAGGCCAUGUCUUUA